CUCAUUUUUUAGUUAUAAAAAAAGAGUGUAAGUGGAUAAAAUAGGAGAAAUAGGAGUGGAGAAAUCACCACUCAUUAUUUACUUUUUGCCUAGCUGUUGUUUGAGACCAUGGUUGAUACCAUUAAAGAGAUUGUAACAACAUGAACAAAGAUUGUGAAAAAAUAGAAAUGAAAAGAAAAUAAAGGAAGAGAGAUAUCGCAUGAGAAACAGAAUAAGGAAAUAAAAACGAAAUAUCGGCAUAAAUAAACAGACAACGUAGGAAUAGGAUUUUGUCCAAAAUAUAGUCACCCGCUUCACCCCUCCGAAUAGACACAAAAGAAGCCGCUCUCUUUCGCUUCAUUGUUCCUUGAAUAACUCCAAAAGCCCACUCCUCAGUAUCUCCGAAUUCCUCCACUUUCUCACCCUUUCCUUCUUUUUAUCGGAAAAUUUGCUUCAUGGGUACCCUUAGAUAUUCGUCGAAUCAAAUGGGUUUGCGUUAGAAUCCCGCAGCAUGCCGUGGUUGAGUCUCCGACAGUCUGGGCUUGCUAUUGCUUUCGGAUAUGGCGCUUAAAUUUGGUUCUUCGUUUUCCUGUUUGGCAACUUCUCUUGUUUCCCAUUGCCAAACGAGAAGAGGUUCCCAGUUGAGCUUAUCACGACCACCGUACUGCAGCCAAAAACAUGAUGCUCAGCAGCUAAGAUAUGCUAAAGGUAAGUCAUGCAUAUUCAUACAGCGAGUACAGAAGUCAAGCAACAGAAUCCCAAAGAGUCAGAGUGUUCUCUUCGCUGUUUCUGAAGACCAGUCACAAUAUAGUGAGAUAAAACCAGAUGCUGCAGAGCAAGAGAACCAUCGUCCUGAUUCCGAAGAUAUAUUUCCAGCUAGUGGUUCAUACUUCCAUUUUGAUGGGACUGAUGGAAAACCGGGUUUGAUCUCAUUCUAUAACCGCCCAUAUAAAAGAGAAGAAGAAGUUUCUACAAAUAAUCCAGAAAGGAACCAAAACAACCUCUUAUGGUUCAUUGGUCCAGCUGUUCUUCUUGCGUCUUUCAUUUUCCCCUCACUUUAUCUGCGAAAAAUCCUAUCGACUGUAUUUGAGGAUUCUUUGUUGACAGAUUUCCUCAUCUUGUUCUUUACGGAAGCUAUCUUCUACAGUGGUGUUGCGGUGUUCCUUCUUCUGAUUGACCAUUUAAGGAGGCCAACUGAACCAGAAUUGAUUGCCCCCAGUAACAGAACCCUCACCCCUCAAUUAGGACAGCGGAUCUCAUCUGUUGCUGCUUUGGUGCUUAGUCUUAUAAUUCCUAUGGUGACUAUGGGUUAUGUCUGGCCGUGGACUGGCCCUGCAGCUUCUGCUACUCUUGCUCCAUAUCUGGUUGGUAUAGUGGUCCAAUUUGCAUUUGAACAGUGUGCAAGAUAUAAGAAGUCACCUUCAUGGCCUGUUAUCCCAGUCAUCUUUCAAGUUUAUAGAUUGCAUCAGCUGAAUAGAGCAGCACAACUGGUGACUGCUCUGUCGUUUACAGUCAGAGGAGCUGAGACAACCUCACACAAUUUGGCAAUAAACAGCUCAUUGGGAACACUUUUGAAUGUCCUUCAAUGUCUUGGUGUCAUCUGCAUUUGGUCUCUCUCAAGUUUCCUAAUGAGGUUCUUCUCUUCUACCACCGUCGCUGCACAGUGAAGCAUCAAUUUCAUAUCAGGAUCACGUAUUUCAGAAACGAUACAAUCGGUCUUCUUGGGUCCAAAUUCCUUUUUUAAUAGUUUUGUUCUGCUUUGGUGGGAGUUUGGCAGCAAAUGGGCAUGGAAGCAUUAGUCUUAAGCAAGUUAGAGGGUAGUUGCACGAUUUUGUAAAGGAGAACCUCAAACUGCAAGGGAGAGCGAAGUUGGUGAGAAUUUUGGUACUUAUAUUUCCAUUUGAUUCCUUGCACUCCAUUUUUGUUGUACAUAGAGCCUGGAUUGUACCAAGUCCUAGGGUCUUGA